AUGGCUGACGGCACAGAAAAAACUGUUCCUAAUGAUUCUGUCAACUCAAAAGAAGUCGAGAAGCCUGAGAUUCAGCCCAUAGGUUUGCCCACUGUUGAGGAAAUUCGAGGCCAAGAUAUCUGGAACAAUUGUGCUGUGCGCAGUGUCGUUAGCGGAGUCAUGGGUGGUGGUCUUGGCAUCUUCAUGGGAUUAUUUCUUGGAGCACUGGACAAUCCUCUAAUGCAAGAGGAAAUGACUGGCAGACAACAAAUUUUAUUUCAAGCAAAGCAGAUGGGGCGAAGGAGUUGGAGUUCAGCCAAAGCAUUUGCUGUUAUGGGUUUCGUAUUCUCAGCUGCCGAGUGUGUUGUUGAGAAGGCACGAGCAAAACACGACAUCACAAAUACUGCUAUUGCUGGAUGUACUACUGGAGGUGUUAUAUCAGCAAAAGGUGGUCCAAAAGCUGCAUGCGUUGGUUGUGCUGGAUUUGCUGCAUUUUCUGUCGUAAUAGAGAAGUUUUUGGAGAGGCAUCAAUAA